UUCUCGAAGCGGUAAUGGCUAUGCUGUGCUCGUCUCAAGGCUAGAGAAACCUUGUAACGUCACUGAAAUCGGUUUACUUUCGAUAGCAUUUUAUUUUUUAUCCUCAAACAACAGUCCUUCAAAUGGAUUUGGAAACCGGGACAUACGAGCCCGGCUUUGUGGGGAUCCGCUUUUGUCAAGAAUGUAACAAUAUGUUGUAUCCAAAAGAAGAUAAAGAGAAUCGGAUCUUGCUCUACGCGUGUAGGAAUUGUGACUACCAGCAAGAGGCGGACAACAGCUGUAUUUAUGUCAACAAGAUUACCCAUGAGGUUGAUGAAUUGACACAAAUUAUUGCUGAUGUAUCUCAAGAUCCAACGUUACCAAGGACAGAAGACCAUCCCUGCCCCAAAUGUGGUCACAAGGAGGCAGUGUUCUUCCAGUCACACAGCAUGAAAGCUGAGGAUGCUAUGAGACUGUACUACGUUUGCACAGCCCCUCACUGCGGACAUAGAUGGACAGAAUAGUGUCCUUGGCAUCUUUAUCAGACAUCUUGUGAAUAUUGUUUGUUCUUCAUUCCUUCUUACUAGCUGUCUUUUCCACCCAGUUUUGUUAUUAAACAAUGACUUGUUUCUAA